GCUGCUGUCAGUGCUUGGGAACGAGCCGGAGUCAGUAGAAGUGUUUGGCGGAGGCUUCUCCAGCCCGGUCCUCUCGCCCGCCGCGUCGCUCAAUAAAAAUGCAACACGCCGCUUUCUGACUCCAGAAAGAAAAUUAUCCAAGGACACUUACUCCCGCAGAGAAAUAAAAAUGUUCAAGGACACUUCGAGAGAUUCAUUUGCCCUGGAUGUGGGUCUAAUUUCAGCAGCUGUGAUAAUUUGUCUUGCUGCGAUGGUCGUGAUGUGUGGGAUCUGCAAGUGGUGUCAACAGAAGCUGGGUAAACGACACAAGAGUUCAUUGGAAGUCGUCACCACACCGGACUCCAACCGGGGCCGCAACGAGAAGAAAGUCAUCAAUGGCUCUCUCAUGUCCGGUAACAAAGCUCCAGUAGCUGAAAAAGAAACACGCAUGGCCGAGAAGCAAACCCGCAGCAACAGCAUGAAGAGCAGCGGAUCUUCCAUCAGUAAUCGGGGUGAAGCUGCCAAUGGGAAGGUUGGGAAAGGUGGGCGCUGGCACACAGUCCAGACUCUCCUAGCAUCGGGCAAGCUCAACCAAGCUAAGUUGCCCACAGGAAAUAAGCCAGUAAAUACAACUCCUGUGCAAGGGCAGGUCCCUCAGGAUGACUCAGACAGAAAAACAGAACCCCGCUCCUCAGUCUCAGAUCUGGUGAACUCUCUCACAAGUGAAAUGCUAAUGCUGUCACCAGGUUCUGAGGAUGAUCAUGAGGGAAGUUCACGUGAGAACCUUGGUCGUAUUCAGUUUAGUGUCGGGUACAACUUCCAAGAAUCCACCUUCACCGUUAAAAUAAUGAAGGCUGUGGAGCUCCCGGCAAAGGACUUCAGUGGUACCAGUGAUCCAUUCGUUAAAAUCUACCUGCUCCCUGACAAAAAACACAAGUUGGAAACUAAAGUGAAAAGAAAGAAUUUAAAUCCACAUUGGAACGAGACAUUCCUUUUUGAAGGGUUCCCCUACGAGAAAGUGGUGCAGCGAGUUCUCUACCUCCAAGUCCUUGAUUAUGAUCGUUUCAGUCGAAAUGAUCCGAUUGGAGAGGUAUCAUUACCGUUGAACAAGGUGGACUUGACGCAGACACAGACAUUCUGGAAAGAACUAAAGCCAUGCAGUGAUGGAAGUGGAAGUCGGGGAGAUCUUCUUUUGUCGUUAUGUUACAACCCAACUGCCAACACUAUCACUGUGAACAUAAUUAAGGCAAGGAAUCUGAAAGCUAUGGACAUAGGGGGUACAUCAGAUCCUUAUGUUAAGGUUUGGCUCAUGUACAAAGACAAGAAAGUGGAGAAGAAGAAAACAGUUGUGAUGAAGAGGUGUUUAAACCCCAUCUUUAACGAGUCUUUUGUGUUCGAUGUACCGACAGAAAUAUUGAGAGAGACAACUAUUGUAAUCACUGUGAUGGAUAAAGACAAGCUGAGUAGAAAUGAUGUUAUUGGAAAGAUAUACUUAUCUUGGAAGAGUGGGCCUGGUGAAGUCAAGCAUUGGAAAGAUAUGAUUGGAAGGCCACGGCACGCUGUGGCUCAGUGGCAUCAACUCAAGGCAUGAUUCUUCACCAAAUGAAAGAAGAGGGGAAAACAACAGAAAUAGAAGAGAAAACAUCUGAUUAGCCUUGACAUUUUAAGUAUGCACAAAGAAGCACGUGGACUAAAGUCAUGGAUUACUCAGCCAACACUCUGGGAGUCCCGCAGCCAAUCCAUAUGCCAUGGACUUUACAGCAUUGAGCUGCCAGGAACAUUUUUUAAGUCAAAAGGUCAUAUCCACCUAGUGCUUCAACAACCAUCACCCACCCUGCACACUCACUCUCCUCCCCCAACAAAAGAAAUUUGCAAAUAUUGGUCAUGGCACAAACUCAUUCUGCGUCUGUGACCAGUAGUCACGUGGCUUAGACUUUAGUUUUAAUUUUCCUGUGACUAAAAAAAAACAAUUUGUUCUUCCAGUAGUGAAGGAGUUUAUAGCAUUGGGAAAAAAUUAUGUGUACCUUUUUUUCCAAAAUAUAAUGGCAUUUUAAUUUUCUGGUGCAGGUGUAGAUGCUAAUGGUUCUAAAGACACUUUUUUAUUUAUCUCAAUUAAUGUAGUGAGGGGGAUGAAACAUGAGAAAAACAGGAACUUAAAAUCUGUGUAUGUCUCUGUGUGUGUUGUGUGUCUGUAACUAUAUAAAGUGUGUUUUUGUGCACACAAAAA